ACUAUUGAUCAGAAAAAAAGAAGCUGAACUGAUUGAGCAUUCAUUCAUCUGUUCUUUCUUUAAUUGUCUAGAUUGAGCAGUGACGAGGAGAGAUAGAAAGAUGGCACAAGAAGUUGUUACUUUCGGUGUCCAGGAAAUAGUGAAGAAAGUGGCUUCACUUGCCUCUGAAGAAAUCAGUCUUGUAUGGGGAUUCCAAGAAGAGGUGAGAAAGCUGCGUGAAUCAUUGUUGCUGACUGAAGCCAUGUUACGAGAUGCCGGGCAAUUAAAAGAAGUUGGGGCGGAAGCCGUGCAAAUUUGGGUGAACAAGCUUGAAGACAUAGCUCAUGAUGCUGAUGAUGUGUUGGAUGACUACGGAUAUGAACUUCUCCGCCGUGAGGUAGAAGUGCAAGACCAAAUGACGAAAAAAGUGCUCAACUUCUUUUCACACCACAAUCCUAUUGCGUUUCGUUGGAAAAUGGGGCGGAAAAUUGAGAAAAUCAAUGCAUCCUUGGUGACUCUGAAGAAUGACGCAGCUAGUAUUGGGCUAGUCGGUAGGGACCCAAAUGCAACCUCCUCUCAUGAGAUUGUAGUUGACAGGGAAACUGUCUCCAUCUUUAAACAAGAUGAAAAGAACAUUGUUGGAAGGGAGAAGCUUGUGUCAGAGAUAGUUACAACCUUGAUCAACUCAAGCAAUACUCAAGAGAAUGAAAAUCUGCCGGCGAUGGCCAUUGUGGGAAUGGCCGGCUUGGGAAAAACAACUUUGGCUAAAUGUGUAUAUCAUGAAGAUGAGAUAGGCAGACGCUUCACUGAAAAAAUAUGGAAAUGUGUAUCUAUUCCUUUUGAGGUCAAGUCAAUUUUAAGCAAGAUUUUGGAACAUCUUAAACCGGAAAAGGCUAGGAUGCAAGACAAGGAUGCAAUAAUCAAACAUCUUCAAGAAGACUUGAAAGGGAAAAGAUAUUUGCUUGUACUGGAUGAUGUGUGGAACGAAGAUUCUGAAAAAUGGAAUGACUUGAUGAGUUGUUUGUUAAGUGUUAAAGAUACCCAAGGAAGCAAAAUCAUUGUUACUACCCGGAGUGUGAGGGUUGCAAAAAUCGUGCACACACUUUCUUCCAAAUGGUGCGACUUGGAAAAACUGUCAGACAAUCAAUGUUGGGACAUUUUGAAGGAUAGAGCAUUUCCAAAUGAGAGUGCUCCUACUUUAAAUGAAGAAGAAGAGAAAAUUGGAAGGGACAUCGCCAAAAAGUGUGGAGGUAUUCCAUUAGUUGCAAAGGUUUUGGGAGGUAUGAUGCGGUCCAAAGAAAUUGAUGGUUGGCGGGUAAUUCAAGAAAGUACAAUAUGGAAUUUACCUGAAGAAGAAAAAAGAAUCUCAUCGGUUUUGAAGUUGAGUUUUGAUGAAUUGAAAUCACCAACUUUGAAACAAUGUUUUGCCUGCUGCUCAAUGUUCAUCAAAGAUUCUGAAAUUGAACAUGAUGACUUAAUCCAACUUUGGAUGGCUCAAGGAUUGCUUCACCCUUCUCCCAACAAUAGUGAUCUAGAGAUGGAGGAGGUAGGAAAUCAAUAUUUCAAUAUUCUGUUGGAGAACUCUUUUUUUCAAGAUCUUGUUACUCUGGAUCACCAUAGUAGUACUAUUACCACAUGCAAGAUGCACGAUCUUGUGCAUGAUCUUGCAGAAGAUGUAUCAAAAUCAAAGACCAAGGACUCCAAUGAGAUUCGUCGUGUGCCACAGAUUUCAAACAUAAAACUAGAAGGAAUUCCAAAAGGAAUUGUUCAUAAAGUGCGCUCAAUGUUUGUUGGUGAAGUUUUUGGUAACAUCUUACCAAAAUUUAAAGGUUUGCGUGUCUUAAAAUUACAGGGGGAUUUUAUUGAUGAGUUGCCAAAUUCAAUUGGAAAGUUGAAACACUUGAGGUAUCUAGAUAUUUCAGCAACAAAUAUCAAAAAGCUCCCCCAAUCUAUUGGCAAGCUUUAUAACCUACAGACGUUAAGAAUGCGUUAUCUCCGAUUUGAAGAUCCCAAGGAACUGCAGAAUUUGAUCAACUUGAGACAUAUUUAUUUUGCUGUUUAUUAUGGAGAUGAAAGCUAUCCAGUUGGCGUGGGGCGGUUGAAUAAUCUGCGAUCAUUAUCCUUUUUCAUUGUGGGUAAGGAGAGGGGUCGUGGAAUAAAGGAGCUGGGUGGCUUAAAGCAUUUGAAGGGCCAAUUAUCUAUUUAUGAUCUGGAGCAUGUGAGAGAUGGAGAAGAAGCAAAGGAGUCAAAGUUAGCAGAGAAGACAAACAUACGCAGACUAAAGUUGGAAUGGUCGGCCGACGAAUACAGGAGGUCAAGGGUCAUCGCUAAUGACAGGAAUGUACUAGAAGGCCUUAAACCGCACUCUGCAUUGGAAAGUUUAGAGAUUCGCAACUUUAGUGGUGAGACAUUUCCACCCUGGAUGAUGUGUGGAGAUUUGUUUUCUUCAUUGAAAAGAUUAACUGUUGAAAAUGCAAAGAACCUAACUGAAUGGAGGACGGAAGAAGCUGCAGUAUUUUCAACAACAGAAAGAAGAGUAGUGUUUUCUCGCCUUGAGGAGUUGUUGUUGAGGAAUUGUGAUCAAUUGAGAAGUGCUCCCACAGAUUAUUUUCCAUGUUUGCAGAAGUUGGAGAUAGAUUCCAUGAAUAGUGGCAUGCCGAUAGCUAAUAUUAUAAGCACUCAAUUGACAACUCUUACUCGUCUCACAAUAAAGAAGAUAAGGGGACUUGUUUCUCUGCCGGAAGGGAUGUUAAAAAACAACAAGAAUCUUGCAUAUUUGGAGAUAAGAGAUUGUCCUGAGUUCAUUUGUAUUGCUGCCGAUGUAUAUGGUUGUUGCGCAUCCCUUGAGUCACUGCGUAUUUAUUCCUGUCCUAAUCUUAGGUCUUUGCCUCAUGGACUAGAACACUGCACCUCUCUUAAGGAAUUGACUAUAGCCCAUUGUGAAAGUUUGGAGUGCAUCCCAGUUACAAACGGCCUCCCAUCCCUCCGGGAAUUAUAUAUUUCAAAUUGUGAUGAAUUAUCAAGCCUACCGAGUGGGUUACAAUAUUGUACCUCUCUUGAGCACUUGUCUAUUUACUCUUGCGGGAAUCUCGAAGCUAUUCCAAUUACACACGGCCUCCCAUCCCUCCGCGAAUUAGAGAUUGUAAAUUGUGAUGAAUUAUCAAGCCUACCGAGUGGGUUACAACAUUGUACCUCUCUUGAGCACUUGUCAAUAAGGCAUUGCGGGAAUCUCGAAGCUAUUCCAAUCACACACGGCCUUCCAUCCCUCCGCCAAUUAAAGAUUUCAUUUUGUGCUGAAUUAUCAAGCCUACCAAAUGGGUUACAACAUUGUACCUCUCUUGAGCACUUGUCAAUAAUAAAUUGCGGGAAUCUCAAAGCUAUUCCAAGUUUAGACAGCCUCACACAACUCCGUGAGUUGGAGAUAUGUCGCUGUGGUGGAUUAAAAGGUUUACCCCCCAAUGCAUUUGCAGCAUCCCUCACCCGCUUAAAGGAAUUGGAAAUUGGUUGGUUCUGGGAGGAGCUCGAUUCCUUCCCUGUUUUUCAGGUUAUUCCACAACUUGAAACAUUAAGCUUGUGGGGUUGGCCGAAGCUCAGCUGUCUGCCUAAACAAUUUCAAUGCUUCACUUGUCUAACUUCUUUAACAAUACACUCCUUCGACGACAUGGAGGCUCUUCCAGAGUGGUUGGGAAAUCUUGCAUCUCUUAAGAUCCUAAGUAUAUGGAAGUGCAAGAAUCUGAUGUAUCUACCCACACUUGAAGCUAUGAAAUGUCUCACCAAAUUACAGUACAUAUAUAUUCGAAAUUGUCCUCUUCUGAAAGAGAGAUGCAAUAAAGACAGUGGUGCAGAAUGGCCCAAGAUUUCGCAUAUUCCGAACAUCUAUAUUGUGUGAACCUUGUGAGAUGGUCCUAACACUCAAAUUCGUUCAUCUCCCAAAGUAUCAAGAAAUCACUAUUCUAAAGGAGCAUUGACCAAAGUUGUCUUUGAUCGGUCGGUUGAGAGACAGGUGUUGAUCAUGGGGUGCAGAUUGCAGAUUGUAAUUAUAAGAGUAGGAAGGUGAUGGAGACAUUCAACCAAUUGUGUCAGUUUCGCAAUCAGCUCAACCUUUGGAAGGUGAUGCCAUGCGAGGAAAGCUUUUAACGGCUCUGCAGCUCAAAGGUUAUUUGGGAGAUUCAGUUUUAUGGAACAAUUUUUUAUCAAGAAUCUGAUCAAGCAAACUUCAACACUGCAGGAUUUUGAGUUUUUUUUUUCUUCACACUUUCUUUUCCUAGGCAUUGUAAAAGUUUCUCUCCUGAAUCUGAUCAUUUGGAUGGCUUAGAGUUCCCUGUUGAGAGAAAAGAGAUCAUGGUUUAACAUUUGGAAGAACCUUUUGUCUUCUCUGUUUUGUAGUUGUGCCUUUGCUAAUUUAUUCUCAUCACUGUUUCUUGCAUUUUGCUUUGGCAAUCUUGGAUUGUUGUGAACAUGUUGAUGUUGCAUUGCAUGUUUUCUAUUUGUUGGAUUGGAUGUCGAUCAAAUAAUUUUAGAUGUUAUUU